AGAUAGCCAAAAUAUAUGCAAGAAUGGGCUGCAGGUGAAGACAUUUCAAUGCUCUGUAUGUGGGCAAUCUGUUUGACGAAAUGUCUAUGAGAAAAAUCAGAGAUAGGCUACAGCACGAAGAGAUUUUAACUGAAAGAUCAAUAAAUGCAGUUCAAAUUGUCUAAAUUGAGGCUGCAGAGAAUGAGGCCAACAAAGCCUUGGUAAAUCGGGAGGCUUAUGGAUAGAACUUUACAUUUGCAUGAAGACAAGGAAGAAGAACAUGUGCAGGCUUAUUGUGCUACAAUAGUGAGGUGCAGGACUGUUUUCAAUCGGCAUUCUUUGCUGAAUUACUGGAUUUCGAGGUUUCUUAAGGGGCUUACUUGCCAGGGCUGCUUUAUUGACAAAAGUAGUGAGGUUUUUCUUCACAAAUCUGUUCAUAGUACUCUUUGGCGCAGCAAUGAUGGGAAUGGUUCAGUUUACAUUCGCAGAAAUCCAUUGUGCGAGGUGAAUUUGAAUUCUGAUAAGGGUAAUUUGGAUGGUGAUGCUGUUAAGUGCUGUGCUUCAUUCGGUUUGUUUGCUUUCUCUAGAGGGUUUUUGCACUCUUUAGGUGUACCGAGAACUGCAAUGGACAGUAAUUCUUCUGGAGAUCACUCUGCACGUCAGAGUGUUGACUGUGGAAGCUCAACGGUUAGUGGUGAUGGCAUAACAUCAGAAACUUUAAGUUUUGUUAUAGGGGAGAUGCAAGAUUAUCAUGGUCAUGGAGAUGAAAUCCCAAGCAGUUCUGCAGGAUCAUCGCCUUUGGGUUGGCCCAUAGGAAGAACAGAAAUAACAAACUCUGGUAUGCCUACUGUUCCUCUUGCAAUUGCAGGUGGCCGAGAUUCUGUAAUAUGGGAGGAGAAAAAAGAGAAGCGAGAGACAGAUUUUUUAGAAGUUGAAAUGAUGAAAGAGAGGUUUUCAAAGCUGCUGCUUGGUGAAGACAUGUCUGGUGGUGGUAAAGGAGUUUGCACAGCUCUUGCAAUAUCUAAUGCCAUUACAAAUCUUUCAGCAACCAUUUUUGGACAGCUCUGGAGAUUAGAACCUUUGGCUUCAGAGAAGAAAUUGAUGUGGCGAAGAGAGAUGGACUGGUUACUAUGUGUUAGUGAUUAUAUUGUUGAGUUAGUCCCAUCUUUACAGGCUUAUCCAGAUGGUAGUAGUUUAGAGGUAAUGGUAAGCAGACCUCGAUCAGAUCUUUAUAUCAAUCUGCCAGCCUUGCGUAAACUUGAUGCAAUGCUCCUUGAAACUUUAGAAAGCUUCAAGGAUACCGAAUUCUGGUAUGUGGACCAGGGAAUAUUGGUGCCAGAUGCAGAUGGCUGUGGUGCGCUUAGGCGCCCUCCUCAACGUCAAGAAGAAAAAUGGUGGUUGCCUAUUCCUCGAGUCCCUCCAUGUGGGCUAUGUGAUGAUGCAAGGAAACGUUUGCAACAUCAACGAGAUUCAACAAACCAAAUUCUUAAAGCUGCAGUGGCAAUCAACAGCAAUGUUUUGUCUGAGAUGGAGGUUCCUGAUGUUUAUUUGGAAGCUCUUCCAAAGAAUGGAAGAGCCAGUCUUGGAGAUAUCAUCUACCGCUACAUAACUGCAGAACAGUUCUCUCCAGACUGUCUGCUGGACUGCCUAGAUUUGUCAUCUGAACACCAUACGCUAGAAAUUGCAAAUCGCAUUGAAGCUGCUAUCCAUGUUUGGCGACGGAAACUUCAUGGGAGACAAUCAGUGCAUGGAAAGGAGAAUCGGCCAAACACAAAAUCUUCAUGGGGUAUUGUCAAAGAUUUUAUGGGAGAUGCAGAGAAGAGAGAAUUGCUUGCAGACAGAGCUGAAAGCCUUUUGUUAAGUCUGAAGCAGAGAUUUCCGGGACUGUCACAGACUGUCUUGGACAUGAGCAAGAUACAGUAUAAUCAGGAUGUUGGUCAAUCUAUUCUGGAGAGCUAUUCCAGGGUGUUGGAGAGUUUGGCUUACAAUAUUAUUGCUCGUAUUGAUGAUUUGCUUUAUGUCAAUGACUUGACAAAGCAUUCUGAACCUCAUCAAUUUUCACCCAUUCCUCCCUCUGUCAGUAGCAGAGGUGCCGCUGCCAAGAGAGUUUCCUCACCAUUUGCUGUUCCUCCAUCCUCAAAUACACCAUAUGCUACAGCUUUUGCAACACCAAACUUUUCGCCAACACCACUAGUGAGUCCUGGUAGAAUAGCUAAAUCCCCAUUUGUUAGUAGUAAAACCAAUUCCAAUCAUUUUACUCCUAUAAGAGUUUUGUCUGACUACCUUGUUAGCGAGACAAAAACUACAGAUGGAAACACAAAAGAGUCUUCCUUAAUAACCGUACCAAUGUCUAAAGAAACAGGUAAAGCUUUGUCUUACACUGAACGGUUAGGCAGCAGGAAUGAUUUGAUCAGCCCUCCUACGCGUGAUUGAUGGAGGCCAAAGAGCUGGGGUAAUAACUAGUUCAUUUAAGAAAUACAACAUACCUUUCAAGCCUAAUUUGAACUUUUAGCCUGUUCAAUAGGUAUACUUGUUAGCCAGCCAUAUUUGCAGAUUGAUGCUACCUGUUGCUACUAUUAUUUAUAAAUACCAAUUAAUUUAUCCAAGGGUUCUGCUGUAUCAUUCUUAUAUGGUGGAGUAAGGAUCUCCUUAGAAAUGCGUUUCUUCCCGCUGAAGAUGAUUUGUCCUUCCUGUAUAUAGUUUUUCGUCUCAGACACACUGCAGUGAGAAAUGCACAGAAGUGCAGGCUGUUAGGGGUUAUAUAUGCUUAUCUCCUCCAGGAGGUAGCUCAAUUUUAAAAUGUUCUACUUUGUUGAAGUCCAGAACGUAAUAAAAUUCUGGAUAUCAUGUCACUUCUCUUGGUUCGUAGAUUCUAUCCGUUAAUUUCUAAAUGCAUACUCUUGUUGUAGAGAGUUGAAGUUGUAAUGCUUUUUCCUUUUCGCAUGAAGUUCUAAUGUUAUAGGUUCCAGAGGAUAUUAUUUUUUGCUCACACUUACUAGCGUUUCAUCAUCAAUAUAGCUGCAUUAAUAGCUAUAAGUUUCUGUACUGAGGGAUUGAGCAGAAUGGUGAAGAAAAUGUGCACGGGGAACUCUUUUAGUGGAAUAGAUAGGGGAACCGCUGAAACAAACUUAUAUGACAUGGUUGAGCUGCUUAGCACUUCAACUAAUCAACAGGAGUAGAUGAUUAUUGUUAACGGCUAUGUAAAUUUAAUUAUUCAUUUUAAGAAUUCUCAAAAUUGGUUGAUAAUGAUUUCAUUCCCUUUUAACUUUCA